AUGACUAAAAAUAAAAAUGAAAAUAAAACAAAAUCAAAAACUAAAAAAGUCCCGGCAGAGGAUAACGAAAAUAUUAAAGAAAAUAAAAAGACUACGACUCAACUAGACUUACUUGAGGAGGAAGAUCAGGGCUUUGGUGGUUGGCUCAGGUCACUAGAUGGUCUGGAAAAUAUGAAGUUCUUCGUUAUCGCAAACAGCAUCGUUUUGCUAACAACAUUAAUGUACCCUCAUAUUCAACUGAUUGUGGAUACCGUAUAUGAAUAUUUUUAUAGCACUGAUAGUGUAUAUUAA